AUGGGUAGAUUCAAGAACGUCGCCGACUCAACUAAACGCUCUAAGCAAACAACUUCAGGAAGUACAAUGUCCAUUGACAGCGAGGCCACCGCUAUUACCAUCCCAUUAGUGGACAUGGACAUGGACAUGGAGGACGUGCACAUUAACGAAGAAGAAAAUACAUUAAACAACACAAAAAUAGAGAAACCAAAUUUUGCACCUCUGAAAGCUCGCGACCUGAAGGGCACCAAACGACAAAUUCAAAAAGUUUCAGUUCCACCCAACAGAUACACUCCGUUGAAAAAAUUCUGGCCGAAAAUCUACGAACCAUUAGUAGAACACCUAAAUUUGCAAGUGCGAAUGAAUACAAAGAGUCGUUGCGUGGAGUUGAGGACAUCACACCAUACCAGUGAAACAGGAGCCUUACAAAAAAAGGACGCCAUAGCCAUUAUCCGUUUAGAUGACCUAUACAUCGACUCUUUUGAAAUAAAAGAUGUUAAGAAUCUUCAAGGAGACCAUUUAUCUCGUGCUAUUGGUCGUAUAGCAGGCAAGGACGGAAAAGUUAAAUUCACGAUAGAGAACACAUCAAAGACGAGAAUAAUUUUAGCAGAAACGAAAAUUCACAUCCUGGGAACAUUCCAAAACAUAAAAAUUGCACGUGACGCAAUAGUCUCUCUGAUAUUGGGCAGUCCUCCGGGAAAAGUUUAUGCAAAUCUGAGAACUAUCAGCUCGCGCAUGAAAGAGAGAUUUUAG